AUGAUCAAAUUGCUGUCACGUGGGCCAAAAUUUGUUCCAGGACAGAAGUGCACCGUGCGCACAGUCCGUAAUGCUGAAGUUGCUGUUGAGAGGUUUGCUUUCGGACACCGCUGGCAGACGGCUAUUGAAGAGAGAACGGAACAAGGGACGGCACAGCAAGUGGAGGAGAUGGCGCAGGGUACACCGAGGGAGCAGUACAAACCAGAAGGAAAGGAGCAAGUCAGACCAUGCAAUACUACACUAGACAACGACAUCACCCUGAGGAAGCUCUGUGGGACAACACGUCAACCUCCAUUGAUGGGAAAGGAAGAUGAACGCAAGCUACGGCGCAUGAAGGAUGACAUUAUGUCGCUCUAUGAUGAAGAAGCUAAGAGGAACCGCAAACAAUCAACGUUCGUACCGCUGUCCCAAGAAGAGAAAGAUGAGAUUCAACAGCUCAGGGGAAAACAUAGUGUUGUCAUAAAGCCGUCAGACAAGGGAAAGGGAUUCGUCUUGUUACCCAGUACACAAUAUGAUGAGAAAGCCGAAGCCAUGCUGGACCAAGAAGCUGACUAUGAGAAGGUGGCCAUGACGGUGGACAAACUGGAUGAGGAGACAAGCCGUUUUGUCGACACUCAUCUGAAGAACAAGCUCCCGGAGAAACUGGAGAAGGCAAUUAAACCGAGGCACUCGCGGAUGCCAAGGUUUUACGGUCUCCCCAAAGACCAUAAGGCAGGAUUGCCAUUGCGUCCCGUGGUCAGUUCUUGCGACAGUCCUACAAGUAACCUUUCGUUGAUUGUUGAAAGGAUACUGAAUCAGCUCCUUAUGUUCGUACCUGCUCAUCUAGAUAGCACCGAAGCCUGCAUUGAAGACAUCAAGAGGCAUCGCCAGGUCCCGGAUGGCUGCAUCAUCGCCUCAUUCGAUGUAGUGGGCCUCUAUUCGAACAUUCCUAUAGAUGAGAGCAUUUCGGCCGCUAUUACCAAGCUAGAGCAGCAUAAAGAUGAUGUCGACAUGCUUGGAUUGACGGUUGCGGAUGUACAGCUGAUGUUGCAGUAUGUUCUGUCAAACAACUACUUCGAGUUCAAUAGUAAACAGUACCGUCAGAAGCGUGGAAUUGCGAUGGGGAACCAUCUGGCACCUCCGCUGGCCAUCCUCUUCAUGGAUGCGCUUGAGCAGAAGGCCCUCUCGACAGCUACAGUGAAGCCAGAUCUCUACAAGCGAUAUAUCGACGACUGCAUACUACUGUGGAGACAUGGCUGGAAAGGUUUAGCAGCACUCCUAGAUCACUUCAACGGACAGCACACUACUAUCAAAUUCACAAUGGAACACUCGGUCAACGAAACUCAGUCAGUGAACUUCCUGGAUCUAGCGCUGUCUGUGCGUGGAAACAGCAUAGAGUGGGAGCUCUAUGUUAAGCCUUCCCACAGUGGUGUCCACCUGUCUUAUGAAUCAUGUCUCCCCUGGUCGUGUAAAAGAGCUGUUGCAACGAACCAAUUCUCUCGAGCUAUCCGUAACUCGUCAACACCGGAAGCGGAAGACAGGAGCAUGUCCAUAAUUGAAGAGUUGCUCGAGAGAAAUGACUAUCCACGCACCGAGAUAAACGCAGCACGACGAGCAGCCAAGGGGAAGAGACAAGAUACACACCCGUCUCAACAACAGCAGCGUGACCGUUGGUGA